AGGUGUAAGAUGGUACGACUACCCGAUGGCACCAUGUUGCAGACCGUCCCAAAACUCUUCUCUCCCCCUGCCGUCUUCGCUGGAAAAAAUCCUGGCCAUAACAUAAUAUGCAGAAUCCCGGAUUGUGGCAAAAACCUCUGUAAAAACGGCUGGUGUGAGGAGACUAUGGGAGGCUACAACUGUACCUGCUCAAGUGGGUUUCAAGGGAGACACUGCGAUGAAAUGAUCAUAGAGUCAACGAAGGAAGCAACGAAUAAGCCUACGACGAACCCUACGACUACGAUGACGGAACGCUCAGACACAACGACUUCCCAAACCAUCACUACCUUUGCGUGUGUAUCGAACCCCUGUCAACAUGGAGGAACCUGUGAGGAAACGGGUGAGGGAUUUAACUGCACUUGCCUGGAUAGCUACCGUGGAGACAGAUGCGAAUACGGCUCGUUUCAAUAA